ACUUUCAGAGCGUAGUUCACAACCAGAUUCACACGACAGCUUCGCAAUCACAUUCAUACGACAGCUUCGUUUAAUCGAUUUUUUUUUUUUUUUGUGAUUUUCCUCCAAUUGUUAUUGUCGUCGAAAUGGCCUCUUUCGCCGCCGCCAGAUCAAUUCUCCGUUCUGCCUCGGCCCGUAUCGCUGCGGCUCGCCUCCCCUCCUGGGGUAGCUCCGCCAAAGCUGCUCCGUCGCCAUUUCGUACCUCUGGUAGCAAAUCCCUAUCUCAACGCACUUUCAGGUACCCUGUUGAAUUGAGCUCUUGUGUGGAAACGCUGCUGCCAUACCACACAGCUACGGCUUCCGCUUUGAUGACUUCGAUGCUCUCCAUUACUCGCCGCAGUCAUAUUUGGUUUCCCGAAGAUCAUUGAAAUAGUGAUAUCUCUAAAGUGUAAUAUCUGAUGAAAAUUUUCAUAUGAUGUUUGAUGUUUGUUUAAUUGUGAUUGUAAAAUAUGUUACCAGUGGAUGGCUCUGCUGUUGUUGGGCCGACCUAGGAAGGUGAGGGUGGUAUUUGUCAGAGGAAUUGGAUUAUAGAAAUUAUUUUAUUGCAUUUGAUUAUUAGAUAAGAAUAUGAAUGAAUUGGUGGCUUGGUGUUUGGAAAGCAUUCCAUUA